CUGAACUCUGUGAUCAUUCUUGCUGUUUCGUGAGGCUCGACAAUGGCCCAGACGGUGGCUGCGCGAGUUGUAGCAAUAGGAAACUACUACUGGGCGGCGGCGAGUGACGCAACACCAAAGACAGAGGCAUCAGAGGCACCACAGGCACCAGAGGCGGCGGCCACCAUCGAGUCUAAAUCCUCUUUGUCAUCAUGCGCUCCAAACAUUUGCCCUCCCAGCAGCGAGGUGCCGGUCGCCAGCUCCAAUGCGCACAUCCAACAACAGCCUCCUCCCUCUGCUUCUGCUCCUCCUUCCCACAGCAAACCAGAACCACAGCCGGAUGCUGCCAACAGUCUUCGUCGCGAUUACAAUUACGGCCUGACCCCAGGGACGGCCAGCGCAGCAGGCAACAUGUCUCCCAUCCUGACCGUGGGCUCAUCGGAGCCCCAGCCUGGCCCCGAGCCCGUCCUAGAUCCCAUCUCAAGGCAAAUCCUCGAGAGGACCCAGUCGCAAAGCAAAUUGCCUGCCUCUUCCCAAGGCGGUGUGCCUUCCAAGUCGCCUUAUGCAGACUCCGGGUAUUCCGACUCGGGCAGUCUGAAAGCCGAACCCGUCUCGUUGCGGCGGGUUAAUAGUAGCAACUCGGGCAAGGAGAAGAAGAAAGGCGUUUCCUUCCUCAGUCGAAUAAUGGGCAACAAGAAGCGUGACUCGUUUGACCUUCACGACGACAAUGCUUCAGAGGUCGGGUCCGAGUUUCGACCUGCUGGGGUCGAGGCCGAAGUCUUUUCCCAACCCGUCGGCUUCAUACCCAAGUUCCCUGCGCCGCCACGAUAUAUCAAGGUCAAGGCUCAAUAUAGGAAACAGAAGGACUUUGACAGGUUGUUCCUAGCCCAAAUACUCUUGGGGAUGCCGCCAUCCAAAAGCCGCAAGCCCGAGAUAGACUCGAAGAUCCACAGCAUCAACGAUACUCCUGGCGAUGUUGUCCCGCCGCUCCCAAGGAACUCGGCGAACAAUGCGAUAUGGGCCAUGGAAUUCUCAAAAGAUGGAAGAUAUCUCGCUGCUGCUGGGCAGGAUAGGAAGUUGAGGGUGUGGGAGGUCAUAUCAUCCGCAGACGAUCGAGAAAUGGAAGAGAAACUUGCGGAGACCGACAACGAUGGAGAGAAGGUCAAGCUCAAUGCACCGGUCUUCAAGAGUAAACUCAUUCGCGAAUAUGACGGCCACACAUCGAGUAUCCUGGACCUCAGCUGGAGCAAGAACAACUUUCUACUGUCUUCGUCCAUGGAUAAAACCGUCAGGCUGUACCAUGUGAGCCGGGCGGAAUGUUUGUGUGCAUUCAAGCACAACGAUUUUGUCACCUCGAUCCAAUUUCAUCCGCGUGAUGAUCGAUUCUUCCUGGCGGGCUCUCUGGAUUCGAAAAUACGUUUGUGGAGCAUACCAGACAAGAAUGUUGCAUACUGGACGCAGGUUUCUGACAUGGUCACAGCUGUCGCAUUCACCCCGGAUGGAAAGACCGCCAUCGCCGGUUGCUUGAAUGGUUUGUGCACCCUCUACGACACCGAAGGCCUCAAAGCGCAUUCUCAAAUUCACGUCCGAUCAGCGCGGGGCAAAAAUGCCAAAGGGAGCAAAAUCACGGGGAUUGAUACGAUCUCAGUGCCUCGAGAAGGCAGUCAGCCGGACGUGAAGCUCCUGAUUACCAGCAACGACUCAAGGGUGCGAAUGUACAACUUGAAGGAUAGGACCCUUGAGGUCAAGUUCCGCGGCAAUGAGAAUUCCUGCAGUCAAAUACAUGCCUCGUUCAGUGAUGAUGGGAAAUAUGUAAUCUGCGGGAGCGAGGACCGCAAGGUGUACAUCUGGCCAACAUCCGUCAAUGAACGGCCCGAGAAUGACAAGCGGCCGAUGGAAGUGUUCGAGGCCCACUCAGCCAUUGUCACCACCGCAAUUAUGGCACCUGAAAAGGCGAGACGGAUACUUGCACAGUCGGGAGACCCUCUGUACGAUCUCUGCAACCCGCCGCCAGUGACAUUGGUCAGUCGUGCAGACUCUGUCAUUUCGUCCCGCGCGCCCACAAACAACAGCAACCACUCAGACGACAAACAUAACAAGGACGAAGCGAGGCCAUCAGAAUCUCCUCGUCGUGCCCCGGAGACACCCGCCUAUUUAUCUCGUCAUUCACAUCCGGGUGGCCAGAUAAUUGUCACAGCAGACUACACUGGCCAAAUCAAGGUCUUCCGGCAAGACUGUGCUUUCCAGAAACGCAGACACGAGUCGUGGGACUCCAGCUCAAACUUCUCCAGGAAAAUGCUUGGUCGCAGCGGUUCUGUGGCAACUCGCAAUUCUGUGAAUUCCUCCACACACCGGAACUCAUUUGUUAUGAACCCUAAGACCCAGUCAACAGAUCGCAUCUUGAGCUGGAGGAAUUCGGUGAGUCCCAACGAUACAGCAAACAACAAUGCCUCGACAAGUAUGGUGGAUAUCCGGAGCCAGCUUGCCAACAACGAACGGUCCCGUAGCGCCUCGCCUAGGAAGAUCUUGGGCCAUCGUCUUUCACUUCACAGAUCGGCACCACCACGAAAAGACACUGUCACGUCUCCUAGGUCCCCUGAAUAUCACUCACCAUUACAACAGAUCCAGAACGGGCCCUCAAUUAAGGUCCAGUCGCCUCUGGCCGAGUCACCCGGCAGUUUCCACUCAGCAACCCAGAAAACUCCAGAUCAGGAGUUGCUCUCACCACAGGUAUCUCUGAAACCUUUACCUUCAAAUCCCACGCCGGGUGAUCUUCCACAUAGCCCGAACGAUCCGCUGUUCUUGGUGGACCAGCAGUCAUACCUCGCCUGGGACAUGAGGAGCACAUUAUUACCCAUGGCAAAGCAUAUGCCCCGUACGCCAGGCUUAUUAGGGGCGGACGGCAACCCUCUUUCCCGCGCUCCCAGCUACAUGAGCCAGUUGUCCAGUGAGCUCACUGGUUCAGAACGCGAUCCCAGCCCUGGCGGGAGCAUGGGUGACGAUGAGCGUAGGGCCUCGGCGGCAGAUAACAAGAACCGCAAAUCCCGGUCACGGAGGCGGAGCAGUGUGGGAAGCGACAGCGAUUUAAAGUGCAAAAAGUGUGGAGGCACGACGUUUAAAGCGACGAUGACAGAUAAGGGCCAGAGUUUCAGGUGUAAAAAGUGUGGGACUGCCGUGUGAUUCAUGCCAGCAUGUUGGGAGCAUUCAUUCGAGCCUUGGAUAAGGUAUUUGAAGGCACAUUUGGGCACACGGCCGUGGGCAACUCUACCUUUUGGAUUUCACCCGGCGACAGAUGUCUUGGUUUCUUCUCGAGAUGUUCGCAGAGGUACGCUCAACCGGAGCAACACAGAACUGAGGGCAGAGACACUCUACCCCGACGACGGCAACGAGAAGCCUCCGCUCUAUUCAACCACUCACUAUCGAUGUGCAGACGAAGGACGACGUUUUCAGUUUUUGUUUUGACGAAGCACGAGUAUCACGACUGCACUUCAUGAGCGUUCAAAUCAUCAAUGUACAAAUAGUUUGGCUACCGGGAGGGAAGGAUGCGGUCUAUCUAGUACAGGCAAAGUAUGAGUUGUAUGUACAUAUGGAAGUCAAGGCAUACACAAGGCACAUACAUAUAGAAGACAACCGAAAUGCGAAAGUGAACAGUCUUUCGAAAA